AUGGCCGACCAUUCGCAGGUGUCGCCUGCGCCGCCGCAGAAUGUCUCGCGUGGUGAUUACCUCGUCGUUCUCCACCCUCACGAAGCCGGUGGAGAGGAUGAAUUGAAGAUGAAGCGCGGCGAUAUUAUUCUUCUCGAAGAGAUGGAUGAAGAAUUUCAAGAUGGAUGGUGGCUUGGACAGCACCCAGCUUCCGGCGACAAGGGCCUCUUCCCUGCAGGCUUCACUAGAAAGGCGCAUGCCCACGAGCGCUUGAAGGCCCGUCAAAUGACCACUUCGUACCAAGAACCGAUCGAAUUCGAAAAGACCGAAUCGCCGACGCAGAUGGAAUCGACGACACCGGUUGACUCAGUUUUCCCCACGGUGGGAAGUGGGCAAACGACUCCCCAGGCCUCGCGCCAUGCUAGCAUCACGGACACGCAGGCGCAGAUGAGCUCUCCAGGCCAGCAGCGAUCUGCCUCUUCUCCGCUGCCACGCCCGAGUCUGGCGGCCGAUAUUCAGGCUGCCUUCCGCAAUCCAAGCUUUGAUAGUCAUGAAAAGGGCGAGGAUAGUCCGGUGAUGCAUGAGACUUUGAGUGUCAUUGAUGAACACAUUACCGAUAUGAACACGCCUCGCCACAGCGUGUCAACCCAGGAUGCGAAAACGAUGAACGACUCCGGUAGCGAGUACAGUAGCCACAUGAGCCAUCGCAUCUCCUACAUCAACGGGAAUGAGACGGAUGAGGAAGAGGGUACACAUCUGACUGAAGCGGAAGUACGCCGAUGGAGUCAGACCGAAACCGCCAAACAGAUGCGUGCCAUUGGCGUUGAUUCAAAACACUGUGAUAUUUUUGAAGAGCAGGAAAUUACCGGUGAUGUCCUUCUUGAUAUGGAUCAGGACUUCAUUUUCAUGAAGGAGUUUGAUUUUGGAGUCAUGGGCAAGCGUCUCAAGACUUGGCACAAAAUAAAGGCCUUCCAAGAGGACGUGAAGGGCUUCAAGCAGCAGCCACAAUCGCCGCAAGCUACACGAGGUUCCAUCUCGGGCUUUGGUGGCCCCGAGGAACGAACUUUGUCUCGCGCCGGUCACACAGGGCCCUUCCUGCCACGUAUUCCUACGGUGUCGGAGAAGACUGGUGCAGGCUAUAGAGCAUCCGCUGGACCUGUCCAGCACCCUCGACUUGCGAGCAACAACAGCUCCCCCAUGACCCCAAAUACUCCACCAUUCGGUCAGGACUCGCCAAGAAGAAUAUCCGCUGCCUCCAUUCGAGACCUCAACCAUACGCGACGACACUCGUCCAUUGAUGCCACCCAUCAUGGCCCGCCUCAUUCGGCUAUGAAUGGUCAUUCAAAGAAGCCUUCAUUCGACCGGGGCUGGACGCUUAACGGUGGUGUUGGAACCAUGCCAACUCGUCCAGGAACCUCGAUAGGCACAACAUCGGCUUUCCGUGGACAGCAGACCGUCGAAUCAGAGCCUAACACGCCCGAUCAUUUCGAUGACCUAGAACGGGGAUACUUCUCCGGCACUGAAAUUGAUUCCCGCCGCUCUCGCCGUGUUCUGCAGAAACGAGCCUCGGCAGCUGGUAGCAUGAGCCAUUCUCGAAAGUCAAGCUACGCAGAUGAGCCUUACAGAGUUAAAUCUGCUGGCAAGCGUCAGUCUCGUAUUGCCAGUGUUGACUCUAUACGUGAUGCUGCUGCUGGUAGACACGUCUCCACCGCUGCCCAAACUUAUCACGGCGAUGCGCCCCAAAAGAGCCGUUUCAGGAGUCUGAGUACUCGCGUGUCUCAGCGAAGUGGCACCAAUGAUUCCCAAUUAUCCAAUCCCGAUAGCAAGGAUGGCAAGCCCGGUUUCUUCGCUAGCCUUGGGAUGAGAAAGGGAGAUUCGGAAGGUUCGACACGCUCGCCCUUGAACUUCCAGCUGCCGAAGAUGGCUGGUGCUGGCAAGAUCCGACGCGCUGUCGGCCUCCGCAAUGCUUCCGAUGGUGUCACAAAGACCACUGAUAUCUCUGCUCCUGUUUCGCCCCGCGAGUACGAUCCUAUGACUGGUCGUACUGGGUCUACCACUCCCUCUGCAACAUCGAAGAGCUCAGAGCGUCACAGCACUGAUGGGUCUGGUAAGGCUGCCGAGGGUGCGGGAUUCAUGGCCCGUCCUCGGACGGUCAAGUCCAAGAAGGAUACCAGUGCCUAUACCCGUGGCCUCGAGAAGAAGUCACCCCAGGAACAGAUGGAUGGCUGUGACUACAGUGGAUGGAUGAAGAAAAGAUCAUCCAAUAUGAUGACAACGUGGAAGCCUCGGUUGUUUGUCCUCCGUGGCCGCCGCUUGUCCUAUUACUACUCCGAAGAUGACACGGAAGAACGUGGUCUGAUUGAUAUCACUGCGCAUCGUGUACUCCGUGCGGACAACGACCCUAUUAUCGCGCUGCAUGCCACUGUCACCGGUGCUACUGCAUUACCCGCCAAUGCCAGUACCAGCGAGAACGGAAGCGGCAUGAAGCUCACAACCCCCGCCGUCAUUUCUUCUCUUACCAACAGGGACGGCAAUGGGCCUUUCUUCUUCAAGCUAGUGCCUCCUAAGACGGGCAACUCCCGCACAGUGCAAUUCACUAAGCCCACCACCCACUAUUUCCAGGUUGACAACGUCAAAGAGGGUCGUUUGUGGAUGGCCGCCAUGAUGAAGGCAACUAUCGAGCGUGACCUGUCAAUGGCCGUCGAGAGCACCAACAAGCAGAAGACUAUCAGCUUGAAACAGGCUCGACUGAUGAAUCAGCGACCACCUACUCUGAUGGCUGCUGCUGAACAAGACCCAGUCAUCCAUGAAGAAGAGGAAGACAGUGGCCUCCGCAUCGAUGGCCUGAACCUAGACAAAGCACCUUCUUCAGAAGGGGCAUCUUUCGUUGAUGCAAAAGUCGAUCUCGACCACGAACGCCAAAGCAACGACCGACCUCAAUCAAACCCUCCGAUUUCAAACCCUCUUGGUGAAAUCGACACCGGAGACUCCUCCCUCCUUCCCUCCCCUCUAGCCAAGACCGAUUCGCAGUGA